AUGUUCUCGCUCGCAGACAACGUGUUCUGGCCGCAUGGCUUUCCCAUCUUCGACUUCAGCUUGGUCUUCGAGGAGAGUAUCCUCCAGAUCCUACCAUCGAGCUCGUUCAUCUUGUUUGGCCCUGCCAUUAUUCUGCAUUACCGUCAGACCAAUGCCCGUAUUCGUCAGAACAAAUUGCUAUGGACAAAAGUGGGUGUCACCUUUGUCCUGUGUGUUUUGGAGCUUGUCAGCGUGGUAUUGCGCUGUCUAUCGACGACUCGUACGGAUACAACGGACGCGGCUGCAGUGCUCGAACUUGUUGCCGCUGUGACUAUCGCUGCUGUGGUGUAUGUUGAGCACCGACAUGCGAUCAGAACCUCGACACUGCUCGGCCUCUAUCUUGCGAUAGGCACUCUCAUAGACGGGACCAAGAGUCGCUCAUACUUCAAGCGCGAUCUGACUACCUCUGGGGCUGUUGCGGCAGCUACUUGCGCCGUGCGACUUGCCUUGGUAAUCCUCGAGGAAAUACCGAAAACGAACCUCAUCAUUGACCCCAAGCUUCGCACUCUAUCUGAGGGCGAAGCUACUAGUGGGUUUUUUAGUAGACUGUUUUUCCUUUUCCUUCAGCCAAUGAUGCGCACUGGAUAUCGAGGCGUACUUGCCAUGGACGACAUGAGCAACCUCGGUAUUGAGUUCGCUGCGAGGAACCUCUUCUACAGUCUAUCAGGCUACUGGCCAACUUCAAGAAGAACGUCGAAGAACUCUCUGUUUCUUUCCUGCUGCUAUAUGUUCAAAUGGUCCAUUCUCCUCAUUGCCAUUCCUCGGCUACUUCUCACCGGCUGCAUGUUCGCCCAACCGUUCGUCAUGUCUGACGUGAUUAGCUCCAUCCAAAGGCCAGAUGACGACGAGAAAGGCGGCCUUGUUGGAGCGACGGUGUUGUCAUUCGGAGGAGCUGCAAUAUUUCGGGUAACUACUACGCAUUUAAAAAAUCGCCUGGUCACUCGAGCGCGUGGCGCUUUGAUGUCUCAAGUCUAUGAUAAGUCAUUUCGUCUGAAGACUUCUGAAGCAAAAAAGCAAGCGGGAAUAACUCUGAUGAGUGCCGAUUUCGAGAACAUCGCCGCCGGCAUCCCCAAUUGCAUCGAAAUUCCAUUUGCAAUUAUCGAAUCGGGCCUCGGGAUGUAUUUCCUAGCCCGCUUCAUUCACCAGUCCUGCCUGGUCCUGUUUGCUCCGCUCAUCAUAACCCUCGCCAUGGGUUACAUCUUUGGAAAAUACUCCUCGUCAGCUAUGAUGUACUGGAAUGAACACAUUCAAGUGAGAGUGGCAAAAACUUCACAAGUCCUCGCGCAGCUUCCAGCAAUCAAAUGCCUUGGCCUUGGCCCCAAAAUUGCGCAAUUCGUUCAAGAUCUCCGAGUUGUUGAGACCAUUGCAUCAAGGAGAUUCCGCCGCGUCCACGCGCUAUCAACCGGAGCGGCUGUUGUGGUUGAUAGAAUGACGCCUGUACUUGUCGUCGUGACCGGGGUAUACACCGGUAUGUUUGGAGAUACGAUCGAUGCGGAAAUCCUUUAUCCUACCCUGGGUAUCGUGACGCUGGUGCAAUCGCCACUCGCAAGUCUCUUAAGAAUUUACCCAUCGGCCAUGUCGAUGCUGGGGUGCUUUGAGAGAUUUCAGAAAUUCCUAUGUCAAGAUGAACAUCAAGACAUGCGUACAAUCUAUCGCACAUGCCCUAACACAUCGCAAGAAAAUGAAAAGGAAUCAUCUUCUGGAAUACGAGUUACCCCAGAGAGCUCCGGUGCGCAGACGACAUUCCCUGUGUUCUGCUUUGAGAAGGCCACUCUUGCUCCCCGUGGAUCAGACGAGGCAGUUCUCUCAAAUGUAGACUUCUCUAUCGAGAAUGGGACCGUCACGUCGAUGUUCGGCCCUACAGGUUCUGGAAAGACGACCUUUGCUGAGAGCAUGCUGGGCGAAGCGGAAGUUCUCGAAGGGAAAAUCUACGUCGAUGGAACAGUUGGGGCUAUAGCUGUCUGCGGUCAAGAGGCAUACCUACCAAACGACACGGUUCGUGCCUGCAUCGUUGGUGCCUGCAAGUAUGAGCCCGCUUGGUUCAAUACGGUCAUCACAUACUGUAAGCUGCUUGAGGACCUCAAGCGACUGCCGAACGGCGAGCACUAUGUCAUUGGCAGCGGUGGCAUUGCUCUGAGUGGCGGACAGCGCCAACGGAUUGGAAUUGCCCGAGCUGUGUACGCGCGAACUGAGGCGAUCAUCUUCGAUGAUGUAUUCAGUGCUCUCGAUAAGCGAACAGCUAUUGAGAUCCUGUCUAACCUCUGCGGUAGAGGGGGCCUCCUUCGGCAGCUGAAUUGUACAGUGGUGCUCUCUAGCUACUUACCAGAGUGCAUCGAUGUUGCCGACAACCUUCUCCUCUUUGACGGCAAUGGGAAUAUCUCGUUCGAGAAGUGUCAAUCUAAUGGCAAAGUGCAGAAGCAGGUCGCUUGCCUUAUCCGCCAAGGCUUUCUGGGAGAAGAAGAGGACCUUCCGGUCGAGGAAGCGCCCACCCUGAACCAGCUUAAGCAUGAACCAGGCCCACCAAAUGCUGGUGUUCAACGUGAGAAUGACUCGCGCCGAAAGGGCAGCAAGAGUCUAUAUCUUCUCUGGAUCGAUACAAUUGGGCGCGUAUCAAUGUUCGUUUUCACUCUUUUGCUCUUCUUGAUGGCACUGGCCGAGUCUUUCUCGCCCAUUUAUUUGAGGCUUUGGAUCGACUUUGCCCCAGGGAACAGGAAGUUCCUUAUCGGAUACGCCUUGAUAUCUGCGAGCGCCGGUGUGCUCUCGAGUCUCUGUUUGUACAGCAUGUUCAUCAAAUUAGCACCGCGUGCUUCUAUUGGGCUACAUGAGCGACUCACAAGUGUGGUAACACGAGCUACGCUGGGGUUUUUAAGCUCUACUGACUCGGGAUCUCUCUUGAAUCGAUACAGUGAAGACAUGGAAGGAUUAUCCAAGCGUGUACCGGCCAAGGUGUACUCAGUGCUUUACUUUUCAUUCGCUGUGCUGAUAAACAUUGGAGCCAUCCUCGCGGGCGCAACAUACAUGUCAGCGAUCUUGCCUGUGGUCUUUGGCUUCCUUUUCUUCAUACAGAGGUACUACCUUCGCACGUCUCGCCAGCUUCGACUUCUCGAGAUUGAAGCCAAAGCGCCCCUGGUCAGAUCCCUGCGUGACAUUGGCACCGGCAUUGUCUAUAUACGCGCAUUUCGCACGCAAGAACAUGACUUUGCGCGUUGCUUGUACAUCCUGGACCAAUCGCAAAAGCCAUAUUACUUCCUUCUGGCUUCGCAAGCAUUCCUUUCGCUUAUGCUAGACCUUGUUGUCGCAUUAAUGGCACUCACACUGUCAGUCCUUGCACUCUAUGUAAAGGACUCAACCUCGGCGAAUGCUGCAGGUCUUGCAUUCCUGAACCUCAUCACUCUCGGUACUGGUUUCAACAUGGUCAUCAAUGCUUGGACUGCGAUGGAAAUUUCGGUUGGCUCUCUAGCGAGGUUGCGAAACUUUAUGAGAGAUACCCCCACGGAGAAGAAGGUAGGAGAGACGAACCUGCCAGAAAACUGGCCUUCCCGGGGCGAGGUCAUUUUCCAAGAUGUUGUCGCUCGCUACAAAGUAGAUGACGGUAGCCAAGAGCCCGACGUUCUUCGACAAAUAGAACUCUUCAUUGAGCCCGGAAAGAAGAUUGGCGUCAUGGGACGCACUGGCAGCGGCAAGUCUUCUCUCCUGUACGCAAUCCUUGGGUUCUUGGAGUACGACGGCACUAUUAGCAUCGACGGCAUCGACGUCAAAACUGCUGAUCCUGAUGAGCUUCGCUCCCGCAUUAUAACCAUUACUCAAGAGUUGGUCGAACUGGACGGGACAGUUCGAGAUAACCUGCUUCCAUACGACAAGUCUUGGGGCGAGACAAAGCCGGCCAAGCUGGACGUGGACCAGCAGGCAGAAGCCGAGAGGAGAGACCAAAUUGUCCGAGAGACUCUAAUAAGGCUGCGGAUUUGGGACCGACUUCCUCGCAAAGGUGGCCUGGAUGCCGUGCUGGAGGAGGUCGGAUACUCGUACGGAGAGAAACAAUUGCUAUGUAUCGCAAGAGCAGUCGUGCGCAGGCGCUUGACAGGCAGCAAGCUCGUGCUGGUCGAUGAGGCGACGGCAAAUGUGGACACCUGGCGAGAUCAAAUCGUGCGGGAAAUGAUGGUGGAGUAUUUUCGAGGUUGUACGAUCAUUGUGGUCGCGCAUCGUGAAGAAACUAUCGCCGACACCAAUCGCACACUGCACAUGGCGGGUGGCCAGAUUGAGCAUGUGGACGACUGGGAUAACUACCAAGGCUAG